AUGGAUUCGGCACUGGGUAUUCAGUUCAAUCGAAACAUAACGGCCAGCCCAAGCACCAUUCAAAGAGAAGAGCCAGCUUCGAAGCCGGUCGGCCAGUCUCCUGUCAUCUACCCUGAGCUGGAUCGCUAUCGUCAUUACGAUCGAGUGCACAAUGCUUUGAAUAGACAGGCCCCGGACAUGCCUUACCGCUUAGCUACACAUGACCUUCCGCCGCCAACUCCUGGGAGUCUGCUCUUCUCUGCCAACAGCAGUCAGUCCCCUGGCCUCGUUAUUCCCAGCCGCGGCUUUCCAUUGGCAAAAAUUCGACAGCACAGCCCCGCCUUUACUCGCCCACCUGUUACCCGACGAAGGACGGGGAGUAUAUCAAAUGAGGUUGAUAUUAUAAGCGUUGAUCCCCACGGCCUUGCUGCGGUCCGAGAGUCGUUGACUUCCUCGUCAUCAAGCUCUACUGUCAAGGCCGGCAUCAACCCAAAGAAAGAAAGAAGAGGUGGAAAGAAUUUCGCCGCACCGCCGCAAAGUCCUCCUCCACGGAAGUCGUCGCAGAAAUUCCUCUCAAGCGAAGAUGAAGAAGAGCUAUCUCCCAGACAAAAACGCAGACCAGAGGCCCAGCCAAUGAAUAUCUCAUCCCCGCCAAAAUCUGCACUCCCGCUUCGCAACUAUCAAUCACCUUCGCCGCAGGCUAUGCCACCGCGCCGACCCAGUCGAGAGGGCACCUCUGACCUCAAGUCCCAGCUGUAUACCAUUCCAGUCAUCCAGAGUAGCUUGGCACUCAGGGCAAUCAAUUCAGAAAGACGUGAUAGUGAGACUACAAUGUCUCCUCCACCUCCGCUUUCAACUAUGCAGACCAACAAGAGUGCAUCAACAUCGAAUCUACUCACGUCUGAGCAACCUACCUCAUCAGGCAAACUGACGAGCAGGAGAAAGCUUAGCGUGUCUGGCCCACUUGUGUCUGGCCCAUCUCGACCGACUGCUAAUACGCCGUCCCCAAAUAUUAAGAGCUCUGGCCCUCGUUUCCCGUUCUUUGGGCGCAGAAAAGCUUCUUCAGAGAACGCGCCCACUGAAAAGGACAAGAAGGAUAAGGAUAAACAGAAAGUAUCUCGAAAGGGUCCGGCAGCUGGCACUGGUCAUGAAGGGUACGGACGACUUGGUGCUGUUCGGCGACGAAGCGGAGUCAUUGCCAAUCCUCAAAAAUCCAAUGAGAGCCUUGUCAGUGGCGACUCUUUCCUGGCUGAUCGCAUCAAUCCUGUCGUGAUUGCUGGAGGAGCUGUUGUUGAGAACCGAAACGCCAGUGCAGAGCUCACUAGGACGGAGAGCAAUAUGAGCUUCACAACAAACGAACGUCCAAGCAUUGAUUCAAUAGCCAACUCAACUACAUCUUCCAUUUCAAGGGAUGUGCCUGGAACAGGACUUUGGCCCUCGGCUAUUCCCCGUGGGCAGAAUUACACGAAUGCUCGAAGGCCAUCUGACAGCGACGCUAGCAGUGUGGCUAUGGGUUCUACUCUGGCAUUUAGACGAUCCGUUCAGCGGUUGAAGUCAUUUCCAGAUGACCCUCUACAACUGCCACGACCAAUCAACACCAGUGGCGUGAUUACAUCGCCCAUGACUAGCUUUGAUACAAGCAUCAUGUCUGAUGAAUCUUCCAUCUUCAAUCUUCAGCAACAGCCUUCUCAUGAAAUUCCCAAUCCUCAUCCGGCUCCCAAGAAGCUCAAGAAAAAACCUCGGUCUCCAAGGAAAUGGAACUUCUUCAGCAGAUCGAACAACCAGCCCAAGCCAGACAAGACAAGCGAACCUGUUGCCGUCACUGUACAGCCAGUGGAGAAGAAGCCGGUGGCGUUCUACACCAUUAUGGAUUCACCUGAGCAAGAAUCAGCCCAGCCUGUAGACCUCAAGGAGAUUUUGCGCGAGGCAGAUGCCUACGCGCGCUCACCUGCCAAGAUAAAUACUCCUGAGUUGCAGGUAGAGGAAGCCCAGUCGUUUGUUACCUCACGAAUGCAGCCUUCGGCGAACAUUCUACCACAGCCUCUCUCACCAGUACAAGACUACUUUUCUGUGGCCGACGAGCCAGCUGUUUCUCGUAUGGAAGGUUUACCUCCUGCAGCAGUAACACUGAGCUCUGGGAGACCUAGUCGCUUGGCACAGGUGGGAAGGAUACCGCAGGUGGUGAGCAACCGUCAAGAAGGGCCCUCUCCCCGCAGUUUCUCUCGGCCUUUUAUGGGAAAUGAGCAACUUUCUUUGCAUAUACCCAAAACACGCGGUCCAGGCUUGAAUACCAGGAUGCCCAAUUUUUCAAAACCAUCUCCCAUCCCGGAUACCAGUGGUGGUGACGGCUCAACGACGGAUGCGGGCACUGAAUUUUCCUUCUUCAGUGAACCCAGGUCACGUCUAUCUCCCGAGCCUACAACUACACAAGAAUUUCUUGCCUUUUCUCCCCCUCGAAAGGAUUCUGACUGUACAACGAGCUCGACUGAAUCUUGUGUUUCAUACAAUUAUGCAGAGGCAACUGCUGUUAUUCCCAAGCCUGACGACCCACCUGCAGAUGAUGAGGUCUGGGAUGAAUAUGACGAUCUUCUGGGAGAAGACACCGUUAAAGCUCGGCAGUCUACCACGUCUUCCAGGGGUAUUCCGUUCCAUCUCGAAACCUACCAAGUGAGGCUGGCAAGAGAGAAGCCUCUCGAAUCUCUCGAAUCUCCAACAAUCGUCACUGAUCACCGUAAGCUGUCAACCAUUUCAGAUGCGCCGACAGCUUCUACUACCUUCAGUGCCGAUAUGACAGAGAGAAUUCGAAAGGCCUUUCAGCCCCAUCCUAGCCCUACGGUGCCGUCACCUGUGCCAGAGGUUGCAGAACAGAGCAAUGGCCGGCAUUCUAGGAAGCCUAGCGCCGCUGAAACCAUGCGUCACAGCAUCGCCUCUUCCCGCAAGUCUAGGCAGUCUGGCUCGUCUACCUCUUCUGAAGAAUGGACGCCCCUGGCCCAGGUGAACCUUCGUGUAGGUUCCAUGACCGUCUCCAAGUGGCUUAGCUUUGGCCAAGUUCUCUUCAGCGACAUUCGACAUGGACUGGGUCGGGGCCAAGACUCUGUCGAGCGCCCAUCAGUUCUCGUCAUUGACGGGCUUGGUAAUGACGAUUGGUCAUUUUAUGCCGCGGAAACAUACUCGGCUGCCCAAUUCUUCAACCUCUCUCCGCGAGCCCCUUUGCCUACACCCGAUGCAGAAAGCUCGGCAUCGCGCUAUCCCCUAAGCCCUCCCAACCAUCGUCAAGUACAAUAUCUUUCCCACCUCGAUGAGUUUCCCUUUGCUUCGAAUACUUUCAACUGUGUUAUCUAUCGAUUCCCGGCGGCUGCUCCGGAAUCUCACUAUGAGAAUAUCCUUUCCGAAGCCCGCCGUGUUCUCAAGCCGGGCGGAUAUCUUGAGUUGUCUAUUCUUGAUGUUGAUCUCAACAAUAUGGGCAACCGCGGGCGCCGUACCAUUCGUCAGCUCAAGGAACGCAUACAUGAAACGUCACCAGAGACUAAUUUGGCGUCUACUGCUGAUUUAAUCGUGCGCCUCCUGGGCAAGAGCGGCUUUUCAACUAUCAAGGCUGCCCGCGUUGGCGUUCCGGUUGCAAGUUCAAUCACGUCCUCCGAUGACAAUUCAAAGGGCAAAGGCUUAGCUGAGAAAAAGGCGAAAAAGUUGUCCAAAGACCAGCCUAGCUUGGCGGAAAUGAUGCGAGACCAAAGUCCAAACGCAGACGAGGGCAUUACCAACAUGGUAUCCCGAGUUGGGCGUUGGUGGUAUUCUCGAUGCUAUGAAAACACAACCAGCCAUUCUUCUGGAAAAGACAGCAUCUGGAACAAUAAGGCCUUGCUCAGGGAAUGCGAAGAACUGGGCACCAGCCUCAAGCUGAUGGUCUGCAGUGCCCGUGCGCUUUAG